UCUUGCGUUACACGUGCUAAACAGCUGCUUCUUAUAAAUGGCUAAUAAGAUAAUGCCUUUAUCUUCCUCACACCUUACCAUGCGUUAUGCAACACAAUCCCUAUUGUCACGCAGGAUUGUGUAGACUAGCUGUCUGUUUGGUAGUAUUCGUUUGUAAAGACCAUAUCCAGCUCAAGGUGUUGCUUUCAUAUUUGUGAGCUUAUCUACUUUUAAAAGUCACUUAAACAUGAGAGGAGCUAUUUUUACCGCGUUUGUGAUGGUGAUGUCUUUGUUUUGUUUGGGACAAACACUUCAGUGUUUUCGGUGUGAGCUUGGAUUCUGGGAUGCGUGUUACACUACCAAGACAAACUGCAGUGAUGAUGAAUUGUGUUAUGUGGGAAUUGGUAAAGCAGCUUCUGUCCUGGAUAUAAAGGUGAUGGGUUGUCUUCCCAUGGAGGCAUGCAACAAGACAACAGUUGUAGAGUUCCUUGCCAAGAAGACCUUAUACACCUUGAAGACCACCUGCUGCGAGGAAGACUUCUGCAACGCUGGCCCUUCAAUUCAGUUGUCCCUUGCUCCUCUUUUGCUUGCCAUACUUCUCAUUGCUGAGAUGGGUGUGUUUUGAUAACUUCCAAAUUCUAAUUGUCAUAUAUGGGAUUGAAGGCUUUUUUCAUGUUUACAUUGUUCACGUAAUGUAAGUGUUUUACUGUUGUUUUGAUCAAAAAAAGAGCUGCUUUCAUGCCGGAGCACAUUUUGGAUGGUCUUUUCUAGCCAGUUGAUUUGUUAAUCCAAACGAGUAAAGAUUAUAAAUACAAUGUGAAAAUACGCUAGUUUUAUUGUUAAAUAAAUGCAAAUGUUAAACAUUCGUGUUUUCCUGUUUUUAGUAUACGGUUAUAAUUGCAUGCAAUAGAGGGCGCUGUUUGACUGAAAUGUGAGGCGGCAUCACUGCGCAUGCUCAGAGUUCCGCUGAUCUUCACGUCACCUCUAGAAUAUUUCACGCGAUCGUUUAUUAUAAAGAUCAGGUCCACAUGCUUUCCAAGUCCAACGUGAUUGGACCGCUUUCAACGUUUAAAAAAAAAAAAAAAAGGGGAAGGGCACCAGUUCGUGUUUACUUCCCGCGUGCCAUUACCAAGAAGAGUAGAUAAGAAAAAGAUGUUUGUCGCGCGCAGCAUCGCAGCCGAUCAUAAAGAUCUGAUCCACGAUGUUUCUUAUGACUUUCACGGGCGGAGAAUGGCGACGUGCUCCAGCGACCAAAGCACUAAGGUGUGGGAUAAGGGGGAUAAUGGAGAAUGGAACUGCACAGCCAGCUGGAAAACUCACAGUGGCUCAGUUUGGAGAGUGACCUGGGCCCAUCCAGAGUUUGGACAGGUGUUGGCAUCCUGCUCCUUUGAUCGUACUGCGAUAGUAUGGGAGGAGAUUGUUGGAGAGUCCAAUGACAAACAACGAGGACAAAGCCACUGGAUAAAGAGAACCACACUUGUGGACAGUCGGACAUCUGUGACUGAUGUGAAGUUUGCCCCGAAGCACAUGGGCUUGAUGCUGACCACAUGCUCCGCAGACGGUGUGGUGCGAAUCUACGAGGCCCCUGACGUGAUGAACCUGAGCCAGUGGUCCCUGCAGCACGAGAUCUCGUCCAAACUCUCCUGCUCCUGCAUCUCCUGGAACCCUUCCAGUUCUCGAGCUCAUGCACCUAUGAUUGCAGUGGGUAGUGAUGACAGCAAUGUGACGUAUGGCGGCAAACUUCAAGUUAAAUAUUUGUUUUUUUUACUUUAUUUUCAUGGUUGUAGGAAAUAUGCCAAAGCAGAGACACUGAUGACCAUUACAGAUGCUGUACAUGAUAUUGCAUUUGCUUCCAAUCUGGGACGGUCUUUCCAUGUACUUGCUAUUGCCACCAAAGAUGUGCGUAUCUUCAAACUGGUUCCACUUCGAAGGGACAGCUCUUCUUCAGCGCCCACUAAAUUUGAGGUGCAGGUGCUGGCCCAGUUUGACAGUCAUAACUCUCAGGUGUGGCGUGUCAGUUGGAACAUCACCAGUACACUUCUGGCUUCCUCUGGUGACGAUGGUUGUGUGAGACUCUGGAAAGCAAACUACAUGGACAAUUGGAAAUGCACAGGUAUUCUAAAGGGAGAUGGUAGUCUAGUAUCUGGUCAGCCUGGUGCUCUGAGCGGCGUCCUGGGAUCUGCCGCUGCACAGAGUGCUCUAAAUGGGGCCACUGGAAGAUAGAUGCUAUAUGACAGGACCACCCUGAGGAAAUCUGGAGCUGAGCACUUCUAUGAUACUGGACUUCACACUGAGACCAACUGAUUGUGCUUGCUGGACAUGCAACAAUACUGGCACUUAACACGGGUCCAUUGUUAAUAUUAUUUUAAUUAACUGCCUUCAAGGAAUGUUUUUAAGUUGACUUUUCUUUCAACCUAUAGAAUUGUUUUACUCUGAAUACCCAUUUCAGAAUUUUGUAAUGAGUCAUGUUUAAAUGGAUGUUCUAAUAAUGAAAAGACACCAUAUCUAUGUAGGAGUAUACAUUUUAUUUCAGUUUUGUUGACAUGAUAAAGGAAAAAAGAUGCUGCCAUUACAACGUUGUAAAAUAUUGGUCUAAUUGACUUCACUCUCUUGUUAUUGUACGAGAAUCAGAAAGGUUAUUGUUUAAGCAACUGGGAUAUAUGAAGUAUCCAGAAAUAUUUGAGCUUGUUUUAUUUGAAUCAUGCGUUUCUACUCCAUUAGUAACAGUGCAGUAAUCCUUGCUCGAUUACUUUUGAUAGAUGAUUUGAUUUACAUGUAUGAUCCAAAGUUUCUGUGAA